UUCUCACCAUUCUUUACCAAUUCUAUGAUGAAUGAUAUUCAAAGACGAAACCAGCAAACAAGAUGGAAGAUGUAGUGGCUGAAGCUGAAAGCUUGUUGCAUCCGAUAAAUCUCAGCGGAGAUGAAGUUAUUGAAGAAAGACAAAAUCCUGAAGCAGCUAAACAAGAGGGGGGAGACAGAGCUGGUGGAUUCAUUAACCAUCUCAUCUCUAACUUGGUUACUGGAGGACAUGCAGAUGAAGAAAAACAAGAUGAACAAGCUGACAAGGAGACAAUCCCUGAAGAUAAGGGAGGUGGGAUUUUGGAUCAUAUGAUUUCAAACUUGGUCACUCCUUCAAGCCCCCAAGCAGGUAACAUCACGCAAGGAAAAGUUGAAGCUUUUGAUGUUAGAAGUGAAAAUGAAUCAGGUUUCAGAUCAGAGGAAGAAGUGGGUGGUGGUGGAAGAGGAGGAGGAGGGCUUAUCAACAACAUCGUGUCCAACCUCUUUCACCACUCUGAAGGUGAAGUAAGAGAGAGUCCUGAUGAAAACAAAAAGGAAGAAAUGGUGAAGGUUGGUGAAGAAACCAAAGCAGAGAAAACAGAGGGUGGUGGUGGUGGUGGAGGGGGUAUCAUUGAGAACAUCGUCUCCCAUUUGCCCACAUCUCUUCCAGAUGAUGCAGCUCCCACCAGUGAUGAGGCCACCAUUCUGAUUCACAUUGCUCAAGAUUAACAAGCGUCUGAUGCUUGAGGUUCAAACCACUUCCAGUUUCAGGAAUGAAUCAUUAUUUCUAGAAUUCUGAUUGUAACAUCUUCAUCUGCCACUGGAUUUGUACUGUUUUCUACUUUUCUUUUGCAUUUUGAACUUUUGUUCUCUUUUUUGUAAUAUAUUUUCUCCCUGUAAUGUGUUUUUGGUAAUUCUUCUGUUAAAUAACAUUUAUUUAUUCUA